ACUCUUCUGGCACCAGCAGUACGUUUCUCUAAAGCCCCUCACAAUUAUUCUCUCUCUAGAAGUAGCUCUGCAGAUCUCUUGCUCUGCAAAAAGUAAUGGCGGGUCGAGGCAAAACCCUAGGAUCUGGAGCGUCCAAGAAGGCCACAUCACGGAGCAGCAAGGCCGGUCUGCAGUUCCCCGUCGGUCGUAUCGCCCGGUUCCUGAAGGCCGGAAAGUAUGCUGAGCGAGUGGGUGCCGGAGCUCCGGUCUACCUAGCCGCCGUCCUCGAAUACCUCGCCGCUGAGGUUCUGGAGUUGGCAGGAAAUGCUGCGAGGGACAACAAGAAGACCAGAAUCGUGCCUCGACACAUUCAACUCGCUGUGAGGAACGACGAAGAGCUCAGCAAGCUUCUUGGGGAUGUGACCAUCGCCAACGGUGGUGUGAUGCCCAACAUCCACAAUCUCCUUCUGCCGAAGAAGACCGGUGGGUCGUCGAAGCCCUCUGCCGAUGAUGACAGUUGAGCGAUGAAAGGAGGCCUUUGCUCAGACACUAAUUUGCAAAUCAGUGGUCUUUUGUUCUGUGUAAGUUCGAUCGGGCCUUUGAUCGGACACUAUUAUUUCUGUGUAGGUUGGAUCGAAUUAAGCUUCGAGAGUGAAGUUUGUCUUUUUCUUGUGGUUUGUUAUUUUAGAUGUAGUAUUAGGGUUUAGUUAGUAUUGUGAAUACUGAAUCAAUCUUCUAUGAUGAUCCAAACAGAUGGUUUUUAUUAAUGAAAGGUUGGUUGAAUGAA